AUGAGCGAAAAGCAGCGCUUGAAGCUCGAAAAGUUUACCAGAAAACAAGCCCACCAGAAAGAGCUGCAACAAACUAGUGAUGCUAUCAAAGAGAAGAGAGCUAAAAAGAAAGAGAUUUCUCAUGUUGAGCCGAAAGACUGGAUUGAGGAGACGCCCAUAGGGCAGAAAAAGAUCCUGAAACCCCUGGAUGAUGACUUUCAUAAAGCCUAUCUACCUAGGGUUGUGGAAUCUGCGUGGUAUGGCUUUUGGGAGGCUCAGGGUUUAUUCAAACCACAACUAGAGGAGGACGGUAGUCUCAGGCCAAAAGGGAAAUAUGUUAUCGCCAUACCACCGCCAAAUGUUACUGGCAGACUACACAUAGGUCACGCCCUGGCACUGUCCCUGGAAGACACUCUCACGAGAUGGCAUCGCAUGCGACAGUUUACAACCCUUUACAUUCCUGGCACGGAUCAUGCAGGUAUUGCCACUCAAGCCGUUGUUGAAAAACAGCUCGCCAAAAAUCCAAUCGGCGGGAAAUCCAAAAGGCAAGAUUUUAGUCGGGCUGAAUUCGUGCAGAUAUGCCAGGAUUGGAAAGAGGAUUACCACAAGGCAAUAAACAGUACCAUACGCAGACUAGGUGUCUCUGUAGACUGGUCACGAGAAGCCUUCACAAUGAGCCCACAAUUGUCCAAUGCGGUUACAGAAACUUUCUUGAGGUUCCAUUCCGAAGGUCUUAUCUACCGCGCUAACAGGCUUGUACACUGGUCCUGUCGCUUGUCUACUGCCUUGUCAACUCUUGAGGUCAAUCAAAAGGAGAUCGAAGGAACGACAAAGCUUGAAGUGCCGGGUUACGAUAGAAAAAUCGAGUUCGGAACACUUACGUAUUUCAAAUACAGAAUUGAUGGUUCAGAUGAGACAAUUGAAGUCGCCACAACCAGGCCAGAGACGAUGCUGGGUGAUACCGGGAUCGCCGUGCAUCCUUCAGAUGAGCGAUACCAAACGUUCAUCGGCCAGGUUGCACAACAUCCGAUCAUUCCCGGAAGAAAACUGCGGAUCAUUGCUGACGAAUAUGUUGACCGGCAUUUCGGUACUGGUGCCGUGAAAUUGACACCUGCACACGACCACAACGAUUUCAAUCUCGGCAAAAAACAUAAUCUGCCUUUUAUCAGCAUCUUGAACGAAGACGGGACAUUAAAUAGCAACGCCGGACCCUUUGAAGGAGAGAAAAGGUUCAAUGCUAGAUACGGCGUCAUCAACGAACUCAAACGCCAGGGAUUAUACACGAGACAGGAGUCCAACAAGAUGGUCGUGCCUAUCUGUAGUCGUUCAGGCGAUAUCAUAGAACCUCUCUUAAAACCUCAAUGGUGGAUGCGCAUGAAACCCCUGACAGGACCGGCGAUGGAAGUAGUGGAAAGCGGAGAACUCGUUAUUCGCCCAGAGCUACAAAAGCGACUAUAUCUGCAGUGGAUGCGAGACCUUCAAGACUGGUGUCUUUCGAGGCAGCUUUGGUGGGGUCAUCAAAUCCCAGCCUAUCAUAUUACUAUCAAAGGUGAAGAUCACCAGACUGAUGCUGAUGACAACUACUGGGUAUGCGGGAGAACACAUUCCGAGGCACAGGCCAAAGCAGAGCAAAAGUUUCCUGGAAAAGAAGUAUCAGUGAAGCAGGACGAGGAUGUCUUAGAUACAUGGUUCAGCUCCGGCCUAUGGCCAUGCAGUACUCUCGGAUGGCCAGCUAAGACCUCGGACCUCGAGAAGUUUUUCCCAACUACGACCCUCGAAACAGGCUGGGAUAUCAUCCCUUUCUGGGUGAGCCGAAUGAUUAUGUUUUCACUAAAACUGACCGGGAAAAUACCCUUCACUGAAGUCUAUUGCCAUGGCUUAAUUCGCGAUAGUGAAGGUAGAAAAAUGUCGAAAUCCCUUGGCAACGUUAUCGACCCGGUUGAUAUACUAGAUGGCAUUAGCCUUGAUGGCUUGCAUCAAAAGCUCUUGAGUGGCAAUCUCGCCCAGAGUGAAAUUAAGAAUGCCGAGAAAUUUCAGAGAAAGGCUUUUCCACAAGGGAUACCGGAGAUCGGGGCCGACGCCUUGCGUUUCUCCCUCAUUAAUUACACUCAGGUCUCUGGCAGCGACAUAAACUUCGAUGUAAAGACAAUGCAUGGCUAUCGCAAGUUCUGCAACAAGAUCUAUCAAGCGACGAAAUAUGCUCUCGGAAAGCUUGGCGCCGAGUUCGUCCCCAGAGCCAGUUGCAUAUUAAGUGGGAAAGAAAGUCUCCCAGAACGAUGGAUCCUGACAAAGAUGACACUUGCUGCCAAGCAAGCAAAUCGUGCUCUUGAGGAGCGCGAAUUCGCAAGAUCCACUCAAAUCGCCUACCGGUAUUUGUACGAUGAACUUUUCGACAUUUAUAUCGAGAACUCCAAGUCCAUCAUCACAGACGGCACCGCCGAAGAAGCUCGUUCCGCAAUGGAUACACUUUACACCGCAUUAGAAACUGGCCUGCGACUCGUAUCGCCCUUCAUGCCCUUUUUGACUGAAGAGCUUUGGCAACGCCUACCGCGAAGGCCAAAAGACAACACAUCCUCCAUCACCAUUGCCGAGUAUCCCGAGUAUGAUGCGUCCAUUCACGAUCCAACGUCAGAAUCGGCUUAUGAGCUUGUGUUGGGGUGCUCUAAAGGCCUACGUUCCUUGCUGUCGGACUACGCGGUGAGAGAAAAGGGGGUUGCUUACAUCUCACCUUUGAAUGAAACUUCGCGUGACACGAUUGCAGCUCAAUUAGCUGCGAUCAAAUCACUGAGUGGCAAAACAUCCGUUGAAAUCAGUGUGCUGAAUGUUGGCGCAUCGAUACCUGCUCACUGUGCGGUGCAUCCUGUUUCCGCAGACGCGAAUGUCUUCCUUGAUGUCAAGGAUCACGUACAGAAUGCCGCAAGUGAAGUCAAAAAGUUCAAAGGAAGGAUAACUGAGGCGGAACAGGAGCAAAGUGACACGCAUGCAGCUUUGAUGGAGUUGAAGCAGGUUCAUGGAAAGGAUGUCACUGAGGCUAUGAACCUGGCUGAGAGGAAGAAGCGAGACGUUGACGCUAGAUUGCAGGCGUUGCGAGAUGUUGUCGUUGUCUUCGAAAACCUGACGGCUUAGCCGCACGAUUGUCAUUUGGACGGCGUUCUUGGGCCUCUGAGGGGCUGGGCAGGUAAAAAUGCAUGAAUCGGAUCGAAUCCUACCAGUUAGCUCUGUCCUGUUGUCUCACAGCCUAGUCCUCCUCAACCUCCAGAAUACUCUAUAGAAUUUAUCGCUUUCAACUUUAUUUCAUAGUCAUGGCGGACCCAACAUCAGGACUAGAGCAAUCACCACUCCUGGUGAAUACCGCAGAGGAAAUAUCCGAUCAUCGAGCGACCGAGACACCAAACCCGCAGAGUGAGAUGGAAUAUGCAGCUAACCCAAGACUCAUUGCUCGUACAUAUUAUCACCACAGUGAGCGAAAUGCAUCACGGC